AAGGAACGAGGAAUGAGUCAGUCGGAAGAAUGUACGAGUUACUCUUUUUUGACACUUUCUCGCAUGAAGUGAGCGAUAAAGUUCAACUGGAUCUGGUCCAGUUCCCGAGGCCAGUGCAAGUGACGGAGGUGAGAGCUAUUCCUCUCGGCGCUCGAGUUCAGGCAGAUUUCCCUGGCGGAGUUCGUCUUGGUGCUACAAACCCAAGCCAAUUUGAAAUUGAGUUUUUUGUGAAUGACCUGAGCAAAAGAGGUGCAGGAACUUUUGAGAGCGUUGGAACACUACAGUAUAAUCAACAUGGAAACAUACAGAUGGACUUUGAGAAGAAGGUGCCAACAGAUGGACUUCUGCUUCGAGGGAGCUACAACACCAUCACACUGGCCGUCUAUGGUCACUUGACAAAGGUGCAGAGGGAGCCGACCCCACCCAAGUCCACCAAGCGAGGAGAAGUAGUGCCACACCCACCUCCAGAGAAGGUCAACACCCAUGACCGUAUUCGGGACUGGUUAGAGGAUACCCAGGAAUGUCGCAAGCAGCAGCCAUUUUCCCAUGAUCCUUCUGAGGAUGCCCAGCCAGAAUGGGAUUCGAAGCCACCAAGAUCACCUGUGGAGUAUGAGGAACCCAAGCAGUGGGAAGAAGAGCACGUAGAACACAACCGUGACUAUGCCAUAGCAGGGAAAGCAGAGAUCGCUUUGAGGAAGAAAGGCUUUCCACACAGGAACCUCCACCAUCAAGAGGCCGACGCAGCAUUGAAGAGUGGGAUGAGAGAAGAUCAGAGAGAUCUGAUAGGUCCGGUCGCCGCCCCCGCACACCCCUGGACUCUCUACCUGUCCCUGGGUCACCUUAUCGAGGAGACAACUUCAGUGAGGAAGGCAGCCGGGGUGGGACACCUAGGGAGUACAGAGAGAGGGAGGCAAGAGAACGAGAGCGAGGUGAAAAUAGAGAAUUUGAAGCGAGGGAACCGCACAAUGUCUUGCCUCCACUCCCAACACCAGGAGACAUGGAGGCUAUUAGUGAUGAUGAAGACCUACCAGAUCUGCCUCCAGAGACAGGAGAAGUGGAGGAGGAAUACCAAGGGGAUGACUGCAUGGAUGAGAUAGGAAUGGAUGACAAUCAACAAGAUGAAAACGUAGAUGAUGUGGAAGGAUUUAUGUAUGAGGAAAUCAUGAGUGAUGAGGAAGACAUACCUGAGUAUCCCUACACGGAGGAGUGGCUCAUGGAAGAGUGGGAAGACUGGCUGAAACCCUUUUCGCAAGACCAGUUUCACCUUAUGGAGAUGAACCAUCUUGUUAGUCCCACCCUCACAGAGUAUCAGGUGGAGCACCAGAAGUGGAAGUAUAGGUUUGAAAUGGAAGGGCCAGACUUAGAGGAGGAGCCAACACAGGCUUCAAAACUGGAGAGCUUAUUAACAGACACAGCUAGUCCCACUUCUCUGCCUGAAGAGAGCCUGCUGGAUGCAGAAACAGGUGAACCCAAUGAGGAAGUUGGGGAGAAGUGGGUGCAAACCAUGGAGAAUGUGUGUCAGCUUAUUCCCAAAGGUUUGCCAUUCCUUGUGGCUAAGAAUGGGGAAGAUAUUGUAUCGAAGUUGUGUAAUUGGGUCAAUAUUGGAUUAGACUUUGACAUUGCUCUGAGUCAGCAGCAACCAGUUUAUAAGAUCCGUCAUGUGAAAGCUGGAGUUCGCCUAACCCACUUGUUACUACAGUGUUCAUGUGAGGUGACAAAGCAGCUCUUAGAGAACAACAUAAUGGAUAAAUUAUAUGAUCUUUACCACAAGCCACAUAUGGCUCUUUCCAUCAAGCUUCUCAUUCUUAAGACAGUAGAUGCAAUUACGAGAACAGAGCUGGGACUUCGUUACUUGUUAGGAGAACCUCUUGAAGCCGACGUAGAAGAGAAGAAGCCACAGAACAAUGGAUAUGAGCUCAUUCUUGAGUUGCUCUCCAAUGUGCAACAAACACGUGCAAAGGUGGCCCUCUCAGCAAUAGUGAGAAAAGUUCAUCUUCUGGAAGUGUGUCAGAAACUACACGAAGACACAAAAUCUCUCCUUCUUCAUUUGCCUCCACUGGAUGAUGACAACAGAAUGAAGGAAGAGGGGCCUGCUGAAGAUGAAUCUAUGGAAUUGGAUGAUGCAGAAAAUCGUGUUGUUCUUCCUUCUAACUGGAGCAACAACAUCCCGGAUUCUCUCAUUCAGGCAAUUAAGUCAUGUUUGCAAGAGAUUAUACGCGUGUAUAAGUACGCAGAUCAGCUUUUGGCUCAACCUCACAGAUGGCUCCCUGGCUCCAAGCAGUUCCAGUUGCCAAAGAAUCCUCAUGAUCCAUACCCUCAGUUAUACCUUGUGUUUGAUCAUGCAGACCUCCUUAACUCCCUAGCAGUGUUGCUUGGGGCUCUGGCAGCAGUGCAGAAUGGAACGUUGAUUUCUGAGAUGAAAAACCUGGUUGAGUGCAUGCUUGCUUGUGGCCAUGGCCUUAACUACAUGGCCUCUCAUCCUCGUGCUACAGCUACUAUUGCCAGGAGCCUUAUUCAGUUUGGGGAAGAUGGCCGAGAAGAGGGUAAUGAUGACAACUUCCUGCAUCAGUUGGGCUUGAAGAUAAUACACAUAUUCCAUGCUUUGCAGCAACUUGAUGCACUGGCCCAAUUAACCUCAUCCCACAACACUGAUUACUCUCAGUCAGUGACGCACUUCAACAUGCUAACUUCCCUCCUUCUUUCAUCUGCUGGUCGACAAGCCAUCAUCAGUGUCUUAAGUUUGGGAAAGAAUCUUGAAAUUUUGUUUCCUUACCUUAAAUUGGGAGUGGGUGAUGAUCAAGACAAUGCCCCAACAAGAAUAGCAUGUUAUGGUUAUACAGUAGAUCUCAUAGUGCUGACUGUCAAGUUUUCUGACAAUGUAGAAAUGCUAGAACGUUAUGGAGAAAAGUUACUAGAGUUAAUUGAAUAUGAAGAGACCCGUGAAGGACCCAAACUGGAAGAACAUGCUAAGCUUUGUGAGAUAAUUCCAUGGUUAUCAAUUACUAGAUCUGCAGAAAACUUUACUUAUGACAAUUUAACUAAUAUAUCAAAUAAUCUCAAAGACCACUUAGAUAAGAUAGACAAAUUUUCGGGUGAGUUAGUGACACAUUUGCGUAUCUUAAAGCACCUGACAGUGCCCAAGUACCCUGUAUCAAGUUUGUCAGCAGAGGAUCAUAAUGGUGAGAUGAUUGAAGAACUAAAGUACAAAUAUGCAACUGUGCAACUGUUUUCAGCAGACUGCCACACCCACUUGACAAACCUGCUAACAAAGUUGUGUGCAAUGUAUUCCCAACCUUACGUUCAUAGUGCUGAUUUUGCCAGCUCUGAAGGUGCAGUGCUCCUGGCUGUGAUUGAACCUACGUUAAGCCUGUUAAAGAACAUACUGACAUAUGUUAUUCAGGCUAGGAACACCAACUUCAAGGACCUCACAGCCAUUGUUCCCCUUGUGCAAACCUACCUCUUGCUUCAGUCAUUCCCACUUGGUUCACAACACAUCACCCGUGCCCAGGACCUCCAACAGGAGGUGAUCAGUAUACUUCUGGUAUACACACAGCCUGUUUAUUCCAAGGCUGAAGGAGAAGAAGUCCUGGCCAAGAGUUUGUGGACAAAAAUGAUGUCAGAGAUUUUCAAGUUCCUUCUGACUGCUCCACACACAUUCAUGGGCGUUAUCAGUCUGAUCAUAGAGUUGCUACCAUUGCCAUUGCCCAUCCAGACCCGCACAUCUCUCUCAGAGGAAGAGUCUUCACAGAUUAUCAAUCUGCGCAAGCUCUGGAGUGCUCAUUUGUACUGUCUUUCCUCCAACAUUCAUGAAAUAAUCAUGAGAUUAGGACUGGCAAGCUUCCCUCCUCUUAUGCACCUUCUGCGUAGAAUGUGUGUUGCCUUGUCUGAUCUAGCAGCCCCCAUGGCCUUGCUGGUUGGAAGAGCAACCUUGGACCUGGUAAUGCAGGCACACAGAGUAGAUCACCGAGCUUCUGGUGAUGACUUUGGCCCAUGUUCUCUCCAGACAGGUCGUGUUCUUAACAUGUUAGCUCUCUUGGUGUCUCAUGCUCCCACAAAAGCUGCAGUUUUACAUUUGCUUCAGGGAGGCUCUCCUACACUGUCUGCCACUCCCACGAAGGGUGAUGACAAAUACAUGGGCCUGGUAGCACUCUGGUGUCGUAUUCUCAAUGUAGCUGCUAGUGGUUCACAUGCCCAUAUACAGGCUCAGGACUGCCUUCUCACUAUCAUUCAGUACUUAUGUGAUCAUGAAAAUGCAAUGCAUGUUGCCCAAGAAUGUACCAUGCAGGAAGGGGAGACACAAGACCAACCUAAUACAUCUUCAUUGACUCUGAGUGGUCUGCCAAGCAAGGAUACCUUGAUACCUAUAAUUGAUGCUCUGAUUGAUCAUCUCAGAAAUCCACAUAGUUCACAUCAAUCAAUUCAGCAGGUCCUGAGAGCCCUCAUGAGACUCAUGGAACAUGAUUAUGGAUUUUAUCAUGUUAAAAGUGUAAUGGAGAAGAAAAGAGCCUGCCUUUUAAGUCUCUUCAAGAGACUGAGCUCAUCAUUUAGAAAAGAGUCACAGGAACAUGUCACAACACUUCAGGGGGCACUGGAAUUUUGCCACUUGUUGAUAGCAUGUGAUGAUUCCAUCUCAGUGCCACGAACAUUAACUGUGACUCCUCUGGAAGUAGCAAGUUACCUUGGCUGGAAGGCUGGUGGUCUAGAGAUGCAGUAUUCAAAGUAUGCACAGGAAAAGAAGGAAACUGUUAAAAACAGUCAAAGAGGCAUCUUCAGAAGAAGCAGGAAGCAGCCAAAAGGAGGAGGAGUCCAUGGAGAAAGAAAUGGAAGUGGAGAUGAACCAAGAGGAAGCUGAACCAACUGAAGAAAAAGAAGAAGAGACAAAAAAAGAGGAAAUUAAAAAGGAAGAGAUCAAGAAAGAAGAAAAAAUCAAGAAAGAAGAACACAGGAAAGAGGAAGACACAUUGGAGUUGAUUCAUCCCUUAAAGCUGUUGGAGAAGCAAGUUGUGGCUGAAGGAUGUGAGGAGGAAGCCAUGGAAUCACUUUAUGAAGAGAUUUCACAGCUGAUAGCAGACUUAGACCAAGCUCACAUGUUUGAAGUUAAAGAACUUACCGAACCAGCUGGGCCAGAAACGGAGACACUGCAGACCUUAUUCACGUCAAGGAUAGUGUGGACAAUCCCCGUGGCUGAGGAUGAAAUUCCUUCAUUCUGGCUCAUGCCUCCAGGCUACGAGGAUGCAGAGGACUCGGAAAUGAUUCCAACCAACCUGCUCGAAACCUGCAGGCAAUAUGCAGGGGAAUAUGAUCUGUUAGGAGCCCUCCAUAAGCUGGUUAAAGGACAGGGAACCCAGACAUUGACUCCACAAAAAUUAUGCAAAGCCCCUCCAAGGUACAAGCCAAGUGCAGCUGCCAUACGUCCUGACAAGAGAGGCAGACCAUUUGUUGCACCUAUGAGAGGACGCUCCUUCACCCGAGGAAUAAACAUGAGAAGCGACCCCUUCCGUUCGCGUCCACCCAACACCUCCCGUCCCCCAUCUCUCCAUGUGGACGACUUUGUUGCACUGGAAAGCACUGGACACCAGCCCACAGGACCCACUGGAUAUAAUAAGAUAUCCUUUGGUCGGGGCAAGUUCCUAUUGGACUCCAUGCGAGGCCGUGGCAGCCGUGGUCGUGGUGAGAGCAGAGGUGCCAGAUUCUUCCACCGUCCGCCAUUUAGGCCUGAUUGCGGCGUCGUACGUGGUAUGAAUCCAAGAGGCCGUGGAAUGUCCUGGGUCUUCAGAGGUGACAGUUCUCCUAGAGGUUAUCGUGGGGUCUCUAUGAAUCCGGGACCAAUGCGGUUUAUAAGGGGCCGUGGACUGUACAUAAGGGGUAAUGGGGUGAGCAGUGGGCCAAAGGAGAGGUUCCCGCCAAAGUUUGUUGAGCGUGGAGGAAGAAGAGACAUGAAUGGGGGGAGACACAUCAGGGGUAGCUUUAGGUGAGAGUGCUGUAGCUUUAUUUCAUUAUUUUCUCUUUUAUUCUGUAAAUAAUACAUAAAUGAGGAUGUGUUUAUUAUGAGUAGGAACAUAGAGAAUCAUAUGUAUUGGCUAAUAUGAAGUAUCUGUAUUCAGUUAUUGACCUGUAUAGAGAAAAGUGAAAAGUGUGUUACAAGAUAUAUUAUUUUUGAAAGAAAUUUUUAAAUAAUUAAAUUAAAACUUCCUCAGGUUGAGUGUUUCACGUUCAUACGCUUGCAUAGAACUUAACCGAGCACCGUUGUCUUUGCAUUUACAGUAUAUGAAUAUGACAGUCCUUUAAUUGUCUUUGCUAUAUAAAUGAAACUUUUUCCAAAGUAAGUCUCU